GGUCGUCGCUCUUUGAACGAAGUCGACACUUAGAAAAAUUUCGCUUCAUUUUUCAAGAAAUAUGAACGGUGAAUCUACAUUGCUGGCAAACAACGACCACGAGUUGAAGAGAAAAGCCGAGAACGGAAGGCCAGCUAACGGAGAAGAUAGCCGGCUUAUGGGCGAUAAGCAAAUCAAGUCUCCAGGGCCUGAAAGAAAAAAGCUCAAAGUUGGAUCAAAUGAUGUGAUUGCCAAGAGUUCAGUCAAAAGCCCACUUAACAGCCCUAAAGUCUCUCCAACUAAGUCAUCUAGUAGUCACCCCCCAGUCAAGUUGAUCAUCAAGAAAGAAGCUGUCUCACCUUUAAAGAACCAUGCUGUUGCCAAACCUCACAAACCACUUUCUCCCACCAAGAAAGCUACUGUUAAACCAGAACCAAAAAGCUCUCCUGUCAAAUCUGAUACACCCAAGCCCAAAGCUUCUUCACAAGAAAGUGAUGACGAUGAUGACAUUCCUCUGGCCAGGCGUGUCCAACAAAAGACACCAAAAGCAAAAGUAAAAACUGAGGGCAAGAAUCCCAUAACGCCAUCAAACAAGCCAACAGCAGUCAAGAACUCUGCAAUAAAAAAGGAGAAGAGUGACAAACCAGUAGUAAAGAAACCAGCUGUUAGUGAUGAUAGUGAUGAUGAGCCCUUGUCUAACAGAAUUGCAAAGCCUAAACCAACUUCUAAAACACCAGACAAGAAGCCCGGUAGUUCUUCUGAGAAAAAGAAGAAGAAAGAUGCACAGGAGAGGAAAAGAAAGAGUAUCAAUAAAGAAAGUGAUAGUGAGGAUGAAUACAAACCAUUGGCAAAAUUAGCAAAGAAGAGUUCAGGGAAGACAGUGAAAUCAGAAACUAAAGAUGAAAAACCCAAAAAGAAAAUAAAAAGUGAAAAAGAUAAAAAAGGCAAAGGGAAAGGUCCUAAAUCUUCAGAAAAAACAGAUGGAACAGGAAAAAAGAAAAAGAAAAAGGAAGAAGAAGAAAAGGAAGUCUGGAAAUGGUGGGAAGAAAAGCAGCAUGAAGACGGCAGAAAAUGGACCACGUUAGAACACCAUGGUCCUUACUUACCUCCAGAUUAUGAACCAUUACCAGACAAUGUUAAAUUCUACUAUGAUGGAAAACCCUUUAAGCUGAGCAUGGCAUCAGAAGAGAUUGCAGGAUUUUAUGCCAAAAUGUUACAGCAUGACUAUACAGGAAAAGAGAUCUUUAACGAGAAUUUCUUUCAUGACUGGAGAAAGGAGAUGACAGAAGAAGAAAGGAAGACCAUUAAGGACUUGAAGAAGUGUGACUUUAAGGAGAUGUUCAGUUACUAUGAUCAGAAAAACGAGGAACGUAAGAAUAUGACAAAAGAAGAAAAACAAGUAAUCAAAAAAAAUAAUGAAGUAAUCCUUAAUGAAUAUGGUUAUUGCGUUAUGGAUGGUCACAAACAGAGAGUAGGGAACUUUAAGAUUGAACCUCCAGGUCUCUUUCGUGGCCGUGGAGACCACCCUAAACAAGGCAAACUCAAGAAGAGGGUGAUGCCAGAAGAUAUCAUUAUUAAUAUUGGAAAAGGAGCCAAGGUACCUGUGCCACCAGAUGGUAGAAAAUGGAAGAAAGUUAUCCAUGAUGACAAGGUCACAUGGUUAGCAUGCUGGAUAGAGAAUAUCCAAGGUAGCUACAAAUAUGUCAUGUUAAACCCAACUUCUAGAUUAAAGGGAGAAAAAGAUUGGAAGAAGUAUGAAACAGCUAGAAAACUUAAAGAUUUAGUUGAAAAAAUUAGAGAGAACUACAGAAGGGACUGGAAGUCCAAAGAAAUGAGAAUACGACAACGAGGAGUAGCACUAUAUUUUAUUGAUAAGCUCGCCUUGAGAGCAGGUCAUGAAAAGGACGACGACACAGCUGAUACAGUAGGCUGCUGUUCGUUACGAGUAGAACACAUAAAGCUACAUGAUGAAUGGGAAGAUAAGGAAUGUGUUGUAGAGUUCGACUUCCUUGGUAAAGACUCUGUACGGUAUUGGAACUUUGUGCCCAUUGACAAGAAAGCUUUUAAGAACUUGAAGUUGUUUAUGGAAGGAAAACAAGAGGGCGAUGACCUCUUUGACAGAUUAACGACAACCUCAUUAAACAAGUAUCUGUCUGAGCUAAUGGAAGGUUUAUCGGCCAAAGUGUUCCGUACCUUUAACGCUUCGAUGACGCUACAGGAUCAGCUUGAUAAGCUUACCAACCCUGAAGACAAUGUCAACGCGAAGGUCUUGCAGUAUAACCGAGCCAACAGGGCUGUGGCUAUUUUAUGUAACCAUCAGAGAACUGUGCCAAAAACCUUCGAGAAGUCCAUGAGUAAUCUACAAGUCAAGAUCGCUGACAAAAAGAAGGCAGUCAAAGAUGCGAAGAAAGAACUGAAGGAGUUGAAACAUAAACUAAAAGAAAGUAAAACCGAUAGCGCAGCCAAAGCUGUUGAAAAGAAAAAGGCCCAAGUGCAGCGCCUUGAGGAACAACUUUUUAAAUUGGAAGUUACUGCCACAGAUAAGGAAGAAAACAAAGAGAUCGCACUAGGAACUUCCAAACUCAACUACUUAGAUCCAAGGAUUACUGUUGCCUGGUGCAAGAAGUUCGAAGUACCAAUCGAGAAGGCGUACAACAAAACACAGCGAGAAAAGUUCGCUUGGGCCAUUGACAUGGCUACAGAAGAUUACGUUUUUUAACCUAAAUUCCACUCGCCAACACACUACAACCACGCUGUUGUUAUUGUAAUAGCUUAUCCUUAACGCGCUAUUAUACAGCAACACAAUCUUUUACCAUAUCUUUUUAUUACAAUUAGCUAGAUUCCAAUUUUUUCAAGUAUAUAUCAUAUAUUUACUGAAAACCAAUGAUUGCAGAAACCUCCCCACCCCUCCACUCUUAGGGUUUUACAACAUCUUAUAUCGCCUUGUACAUAUAUAUUAUAUCGCAAGUUAUUUAUUUCUCCUACGAGUUGCUAAUUUAAAAAUCUUCAAGAGAAAUUAUUGGCGAAAAAAAAGAGGCUGGUUCAAAAAUGUGGGGCGGGAUGUCUGUGGUCGCAGCGUUUUCGUGAUUUUACGAAACAUUUUGUAAUUUCUCUCUCAAAUUAUUAUUAUUAAUUUUUAAUGUAUAUCUUAAAUGUGCUUCGCUCUUCUUUCGAUCAAAACAACGCUUUGGUUUUUGAGCCGCAAAAUCAAUGUCCCUUUCUUGGUGCUGUAGCUUACCACAUAGCCCGCAUUGCUUGGCGGUCUGCGGUGUUGCGAGGAAGAGAGGGCAAGAAAGGUCUUCCCCCUCUUUUUCGCAACACCGCAGACCGCUGAUCAACGCAGGCUACUCGCUACACCGAACCUCUGGUCUCUACAGCAACCGAUUUGUCCAAGAAAUUGUGAUUAUCUGACUGCGUCUGUGCGCUGGCGACCAGAUACUUAAAUUUUUGCAAGGCAAAUACAAUACUUUUGAUUAUUCGUAGGUGUAUUGGUGCAAAAUAUUUUUUACUAUUUGGGGUGAUUUCAACGAGGAAGGGGUGGCUUCUCAUCCUGAUUUGACACAAGGAAACUAUUUCGGUUUAUCUCGUGUCUUUUAUUUCCCAUGAGGCAUCGACUCAUCUGCUUUAAUGUCUUUCUUAUCAAAUAAAAUACCAUGGUCGUA